AGCGCUGGGAUAGAGUUCAGUAAAGUUUGUGCCUUCGAGCAGAAUACUAGCGAAAGCAAAGUCAGAGAAAAAGUUAAAAAGUGAAAGAAAGUAAAACUUACAAAAGGUUCUAGUUAAGAAGACUAAAGACACUAAGAGCAGAACAAGUGAAAGUGAAUAAACAGUUAUUUUUGAGUGCAUCCUAUAAGCGAAAGCGAGCAAACCAACUUUAAGCAAGAUGCCACAUCAAUUCCCAAUUACACCACCUGCACAGAUGCCGUGCCCACACUGGAACCACUUCCCCAUACAUCCACAAGUGCAGCAUCCAUUCGGCAGUUGCCAAGGCAAUGUUAGCGGCUCACCGCCACCAUCGCCGAGCUCCUACUCCUACUGCAGCGCCUGCAAUGCCAUGCAAAAGCGGACGGCAUGAGAUAUGCCCACCAGCAGACUCGGUGCAAGCGAACAGCAACAACAACGGCAAUAAUACAAGUAACUGAUGAUGUUGCGAAAGCGUUCAGUUCCUGGCGACAGCGGCCAACAAAGAGAACGGAGUUGGCAGAAGACCUGAAGGCGUUGAUAUCUCGUUGUUGUCGGUUGAGAAGGCCACCCAGCGGCCACUCCUGCCCCCAGCGCCUGGAAAUGGAAACAAAGACUGCGUGAGGUCGCACGCUGUCGUCGGGGAAUGGCUGCAGCAAAAAUGAAAAUGAAAUUGAAUUCUUAAAAGUCGAAAAUUAAAAUACUGAAUGAAAAGAACUGUCGCAACGCGUUUAAUCUGAGUUAACUGGAGCGUUAACCGUUGCAGACAACACCCAAGCAACGCUCAAAAACCAGUUUCGAACUUGAAAUAUGAAUACGCAUUAUUGCCGUUGUUGUAUGGAACGUACUUAGUUGAUACAAACAAACACUAUACAUACACAUAUUAUAUACAAGUGUCAUAUUGACGCCAACGCGAUAUACAUGAUACAUAUAUACAUUUUAAGCGCGUAAAUAUAUUUACUUAGGUACUCCGAAUUCAAAACAGACUUACAGCAUUUAUCAUAUAAGUAGGCAUGUGUUUACAUACAUAUGUGCUUAGUUUUAGUAUAUAUAAUACAUCGAAAAACCGGCGUGUUUCCAUUAAUGCGUCAAAGACUGUAAUUUCCAACAUAUUUAGCAUUGUAUGUAUACAGUUAUAAUAUAGUAGAUAAGUUUGUAUCCACCAAUGAAUUUACAAAAAUAAAUUUUAUUAUUCAAAUUCAAUUUUAAA